AUUCCGUGUUUACCAUAUUGUCUAUCAGUCGUUUACAAUACCUGCUUUUGUCAACAUCAUAGACGAAAUUAUUGGCUCAGAGUUCUUCAUUUAAGAGGUUUGGUUGAACGAUGAUUUGGGCCUAUAGGGAGUGGGACGUAAACGGGCUGUGAAAGGUGUUUACUAGAGGUACGAUUGAGAGAUAAUGAUGUGUCUUUUGGUGUCUGUACCAAAAUUGGGCCUACAUCCAAAGCUACCGUUUCGCAGUAGAUGCUAGUCCAGCGGACACGAGCAGCAUACAUUCAGGAAGAAGUCCAUGCUGCAAAGGUUAAAGGCGUAGUUUUUAAGUCAAUCAUCUUCGGCAAACACUCUUAGCUACCUGGUAACUUCCCGCGACCCGUGAUCGAGCUGUCAUUCGUAAUCUUACUUUAUUGAUACUGGACGGAGGACAGAUAGUCUAUUCAUCUGUUAGAAAUAAAAAAGGAAGUUUUUAUAGACAGUACAUGAUGCAUUUAAAAGCUUUUUCAAAUACUUGGACGAAUUUUUAAGAUUGAAAUUAAUUUUUAUUAUGUUGUAUUUAGGAAAGGUGCCGUCAGAACCUGUUAAAUUACAUAGUCAAGAAUGUGAAGAGGCAGCAGGGUUACGGAAAUCAACCCGAACUGAAAAAUAAAAAUAAUAACAUAAUUGAAAAGAUAAAAUUUACUUGAACUGAAUAAGCUGGAGGAAUAUUUUCGUCAUUUAAAAUCCUAGGCCCAUUUUUAAUAGGAUAUGUUACCCAGAAUACCACAUACAGAAUCAACAAACGACUUGCCUGCAAUAUCACCGACUACGUAUGGUGGUAUUGAAAAAGAGAGAACGAACAAUACUGUACUCGAUGGGAGCAUUAAGCAGAAGAAAACAUCUAAGCGAAUUGGGCCAAGGGCCCCAAUCAAACCAGUGCAGCGUAUGGCUGCUAACGCCCGCGAGAGGGCUCGAAUGCGUGUACUGAGUCAAGGUUUCUCGAUGCUUAAAACUACGCUACCCUGGGUGCCUGCCGAUACUAAACUCUCAAAGUUGGAUACACUCCGCUUAGCGUCAAGCUAUAUUGCACAUUUGCGUAGUGUGCUUGACGACGAAGAGCCACAAGAUUCAUCGGGAACUCAUCCAAUAAACCUCAAUGGAAAUGUGGGUGAACGAAAGAAAAAUAGAGGAUGGGCCUAUUGGAUGGAAGGAAAGAUAGGUGAAAUGGAUGAAGUUGAUGGAUAUGAAUGAAUAGAUGGAUGGAUAGAGGAAUUGAUUAUUGUGUAUUUUUUACUACUGUAUAUGGCCCAAUUCGCUCCAGAGGCGGAACGAUUGGUCAUACCAAAAUUCGAUACUGUACGUAACUUAGUGCUAAUGAAAUGGAAAUAACACUAAAGUUCAAUGGAAGCCAUUUUACUUGACAUAUAGACUGUCCCAGUUAGAAUUAUGAUCUUAACACAUUUUAAAAAUUGUAAAUUAUACAAUGAUCUACCAUUACCCUAUUGGUAUUUAGAGAAGAGAUUAUAAAAUACAGUAAUGUAUCAUUGUCCUUAUUUAAAACACUGUAUAUGUACCUUUGAUGAUUUAUAUUAUAAUUAUUUAUUCAACAGUGUUAACGGCUAACUCCCUUCCAUAACAUAGUUCACUGUUUGCCUAACCGCAUCAACUGCAAAAUUAAGUCUGCCACUCUAAAAAGCAUUAUUGAAAGGGAAUGUAGAAGUGCUUUUAUUAGAAAUAUUUUAUCUAAAGAAGCUUUAAAAUAAUAAAGUAUUUUAUUAUUAGUUUUGCCUUUACAUUCGUAACUUUUUUUUUUAAUUUGGCAUUUUCUUGUAUUAUGACAAUCACCCCAGAAAAUGUU